AUGGCGAAUGAUGAUGUGGAUAUGGAGAGCCAAGAUGCUGGCUCGAUUUCCGGUAGUGGAAUUAAAAAUACGGCGAACACAGCGAAUACAGCACGGUGGAACAGCAAGAGUCAGGGAACGAGGCACAAGAGAGAGACGAGUGUAGAUAUGCUUGCUCAAGAGUUGGAUCCCCAGAGUGCCACGUCUUCUACAAGUUCCACGUCUGGUGGUGAUGGGACUGCAUCCUCAACUUCGAGCAUGCCGACAUCUGGCGACAUCCCUACCAUCGAUGAUCAGAUCAAUCAGGUCCAGCAACUGGCUCAGCAGGGCUCUAUGCGAGAAGGCCAGAAAGGCUAUAUUGUAGCCACCAAGUGGCUCAACCGCGUACUGGCAAGAGGAACUGAUGGCGCAGGCUCGGACAAGUAUGGCAAGGAAGCAAGAGAAGGGGCAAUCGGACCUGUCGAUAACACUGGAAUCAACUUGGUGACAGAUCGAGAUGCAUCUCCUUUCAAUGAUGAGGCCGGCGAACCGUUCGUCCCUCUUGCUCCCGGCUUGAAUCUUGGUGAAGACUUCGAAAUUCUACCGGAGGCCGCGUGGGAACUCAUCAUGAAAUGGUAUACACUGGCCAAGGGAUCUGCUAUCAUUAGGAGAUAUUGUCAUAACACCAGCACCAGUGAGACCCAGGAGAACCUUCAGUAUGAGCUACAUCCUCCUGUGUUCACCAUUCUGAAGCUUCCCAACAGAAGCGAGGGGUUGACAGCGAAAACUCUGAGAGAAAAGGAUGCAACACCGGUGAAGAUCCUAGCUAGUAGGCAUGAGCUUUACCAGACUUUCCUUAAGCGAGCAAAAACGUCCUCCGGCAUUGAUCUGGGAACCAGAGUCCGCAUUUGGAGAAUUCUUGGCGGUCUAGGAGGGAAGUCUGGCGCAGAAAUGAUGACACCUGCCCAGUCACGAAGCACUUCGCCUGCUCCAGGAGCUAUUCUGUCCGUGGACCCUGGCACCAAGCUCGUUGUUGACGCAAGCGAAUUCGCAGGCUUACAGCUCGGAACUCAGCGUGAGCUGGUCGAUGUCAACGACGAGACAGCCAAUGUUAAAUACAACGGCCAUUUGAGCCUGGAUGUCGCUGGGCUUCGGCAAAAUGAGGUGAUCGUGCUCGAGGAAAUGAUUGGUGGGCCCGGUGGAGGAGAGUGGGUAUCCGAUAAUGCGGCAUCGAAGAUCAAGUUGCAUGGUAAUGUCCCUAUCAGCAUCACUAAGAGCGGCAAUACCACGGUCAAGGACUCGCUCAAGCCAACUGCAAAUACUAGUAGAGCGACUAGUCCGGCUCCAAACGGGAUAAUGACCCGUGGUCGCACGGCAAAGAAUGGUCGUGUCCGAGGCACUGUUGGCUUGAACAACUUGGGGAACACGUGCUACAUGAACUCGGCUCUGCAGUGUGUCCGAAGCGUGGAAGAGUUGACGCAUUACUUUCUCGAGGACAGGUGGAAGCCCGAACUGAAUACGGACAAUCCCCUCGGUCACAAUGGAGCGGUGGCAAAGUCUUAUGCAAGUCUUCUCAAAGACAUGUAUGCCCCGAAUUCCCUGAGCUCAUUCGCUCCCAGGAGUUUUAAAAACGUGAUUGGCAAAUAUGGACCGUCUUUUUCAGGCUGGCAACAGCAGGAUUCUCAAGAAUUUUUGCUAUUCUUGCUCGACGGUCUCCAGGAGGAUCUGAAUCGUGUCCAAAAGAAGCCCUACGUCGAAAAACCAGAUUCUACGGACGAAAUGGUUCAUGAUCCUGUAGCAUUACAGCAAAUGGCGGACAAGUGUUGGGAUAUCUACAAGGCACGGAGCGACUCGGUCAUCACAGAUCUAUUUGCAGGCAUGUACAAGUCUACCGUCAUUUGCCCGGUCUGCGACAAGGUCAGCAUCAUAUUCGAUCCGUUCAACAACCUCACCCUGCAACUACCGAUUGAGAGCCUUUGGUCAAAGCCCAUAUUUUUCUUUCCCAUGCGCGGAACGCCAAUUAGCGUUGCUGUAGAUAUCGACAAGAACGCGAGCUUUAUGGCCCUCAAAGAGUACGUCGCCGGCAAAUUUCCAGGGGUCGAAGCCAAGCGGAUGAUUGUUGCAGAAAUCUACAAAAACAAAUUCUACAAAUUCUUUGGCGAUAAGACCUCUAUCAGCGACGAGCACAUUGUCGAAGCCGACCAGAUUGCGAUAUACGAGGUAGAGGCCAAGCCUACUAAUUACCCUUCUCCAAAGAAGAAGACUUCCGGUUUCAAGAUGUACAACUUCAAUCGUGACGACGAUGACAUCCCAGAGGGUGCAUCUCCCUUGGCAGAAAAGAUGAUGGUACCUGUGUUCCAUCGUCGAGUGAAGGAAAACUUGUCGAAGUACACGCAGAAGCAAGUCUUUGGGGCUCCCUUUUUCAUCGUUGUCACUCCUGAGGAAGCCAAAGACUACGACAGAAUCUUACAAAAGGUCCUGGCCCGAGUGGAAAACAUGACGACCCGGGAUUUCCUGCGCGAGGGUGCUGAAUCCCAAGAUGGACCUGGAGGAGAAAUUGACUCUGCCACAGAGGACUCAGACACUGUUGUUAUGCACACGGACGAGGCAGACUCAUCCACAGACUCCGGCGUGCAAUCCAAAUCUUUAGAGAGCGAAGACGGGAUGAUCGAUAUCUCUAUGCGCGACGGCGAGGAGACAGCCCCUCCAAAAUCCAACCUUCCUGAGCUAAACCCACUGGCCCCUAUGCUCCGGCCUGGAGCCUUCAUUACACCUGGCGUCAGGAGCCUCUUUGAAAUGAGAUACAUCGCAUCUAACGGGACCGAGAUGAUACCCACCGGCUUGACGACUCUGUCUGACGAGAGCAAAACUUACCCAACCAUUGCUUCAAGGAAACCAGAGCCUUCAGGGGGACCCCCUGUCAGGUCAAAAAUGAGUGUAAUGGAACGAAUUUCGGAACGUCAGAGCCGGGCGGUGAGCCCACCCUCCAGCGAUGAAGAUGCAGAUGAUGUACCACCUGCGGCACAAGCUCAAGCUCAGGAUUCUGCCGACGAUUCGGAUGGACUCCCAGAGAUUGCAGAAUUGGCUCAGCCUAGAAUGGGCUUUGGCAAUCAGUCAGCCUCGAAGCUGCGGCGUGAUGGAGACGCCUUACCGGGCGAAAGCUUACCGUUAAUACACCUGGGUGAAUCUAUUCUGCUCGACUGGACCCCAGAAGGCUAUGAUGCUCUCUUCUCUGGGGCUACUCAUCGUGCGAAUGAAGAAAUGCGGGGUUCACGUACUUGGGAGAACGUCAGCACUUUACCAGAUCCGGAGCUGGAAGAAAAGCGACAGUCUCGUUACAGUCGAAGAAAGAACGGCGUCACUCUUGGCGACUGCCUUGAUGAGUUCGGAAAGCCAGAAAUCUUGUCUGAAAGUGAUGCUUGGUACUGUCCAAGGUGCAAAGAACACCGUCGCGCCAGCAAGCAGUUCGAACUGUGGAAAUCGCCCGACAUUCUUGUCAUACACCUCAAGCGAUUCAGCGCACAAGGUCGCUUCAGAGAUAAGCUCGAUGUCUCCGUCGACUUUCCAAUCAAGGGCCUGGAUCUGACUACUAGAAUGGCCAUGCAGGAAGAGGGAAAGAGUCCAAUCUACGAUCUCUUUGCGGUAGACAAUCACUACGGCGGUCUUGGAGGCGGUCACUAUACUGCAUACGCAUCCAACUUUAUGGAAGAGAAUCAGACCUGGUAUGAAUACAAUGACUCCUCCGUAUCGCGCAGAACAGACCCCCAAAAGGUGGUGACAAACGCCGCGUACCUCCUUUUCUACCGACGUCGCUCUGUCCACCACCUCGGCGGCCCGAACUUCGAGUGGCUUUCGACCCCCGAAACCAACUCGUCCGAAUCCCAGCCAACCUCCCGUGCUACAUCACAGGCGGGGGAAGGCAAGCGUCUCGACGACUCCUCCCGCAAUGGCUCGUCGAGCGCUUUACGCGGAGUAGGAGCAGCUCACCAAGCGGGAGGUGGUGGCUCGGCGGCAGAAGGAGUGAUGAUCGGUCCGAUGAGGACAGGAGUUGAUGAUGACUUGCCUGCUUAUGCAGAAAGCGAUCCUAAUGGCGCUUCCACAGUUGACCCAAGGGGUCUGAACGUGGAGCCAGACAUGGAUGAAGACGACGAGGGAAUCGGCAUGGCGCCAGGGCCUUUAACCUACGUCAGUCCUAAAUCGGACUGGAGUUUCGAUCGCCUGGGUUACGGAGAAAACGAACAAAUUACGGCCGCACCUCAUACCAGUGACAACGACGAAGACUUGUUUGCAGGGGAUAACAGCAGCACUAAAGCGGCAGGCAGCUCCUUCAGCAAUGGUGAUGGCGAUCGUAUGUUGGAUUUCCAAACGGAUGAGGGGACUACUAUGGGGCCAUUUGCGACACCGCCGGACGAUGAGGUACCUCUUGAUGUGCCGUUGAUGCAGGAUCAAUACGAGGAGACGGUGGCCGAGGUGAUGAUUUCGGAGAACGAUGAGUUCAAAAUGGACUGA